AGUAAACACAGUUUGUUGUAACUAUGGAACAAAAUCUCUCUGACCUGAUGUUUAUAUCACGUCUACCAACAACAGCUUUAAGUGGUCAGUGCAAACUUUGUAUGUGCAGAUGCCUCCUGUGGUGAAACACAUGACGUUUCUGGUCAGUGACGUAAGAAAUGAGUAGACUAAUUGCCUAUUCCGCAGCCUGGUGUCAUUUCAUGUCAUAUGCUUUUAGAGGCGUCCCCUUAUUUACUAGAAUCCGUGAAUAAGCCUGAUGUCAGCACAAGAAGAAAUAUCUCACAUUAUCAGCUGCAGGUGGAGCAGAGACUUCCCAAUGCGUCACGCGCCUUGGACUUUAAAUAGAGGUCGCAGCCUCGAGCUCGUAUAACGGUCUGAGGAGCUGUUUGGAGGAAUUUACGCGGACGUCCCUUUGCAUCAAAUCACUUUCCACCAACAACUCCUGAUCGCUAAAUUAUAUUUAUCCUGCUCACUUUUCGACCACAUUAUCAGACUUUUUGAAGCUUUAUUGAACUCUCUCCUUCUUAACAUCUGGACACAAUGGCCAGCUCGGGACUACAGCUGCUCGGUUUCUUCCUCUCUCUGGUCGGUCUCGCUGCCACAGUCGCCGCUACUUUAAUGGUUGAAUGGAAGAAACAGUCUCAGGGCAAGACGCACCGCAUCUAUGAGGGUUUAUGGAUGAGCUGCAGCGGGAACGAGAGAACAACCUGUGAACUCCACCAGUCCCUCCUCAAGCUGCCAACUGAGGUCCAAGCUACCCGAGCUGUGAUGCUGUUAAGCAUCUUACUCUCUGCUGUGGCUCUGCUGGUCUCCACAGUUGGAAUGAAGUGCACACACUUCAUGGACGAGAAGCCUGACGGCAAAUCCACCACAGCCAUGACCGGGGGAAUCCUGUUCAUUAUUGCAGGUUUGUUAACUGUUGUCAUAACUUCCUGGUAUGUCAGCAAGAUUGUUUCCACCUUCCAAGUAUCCCAUCGCCUUGAAAGCUUUGAGUUUGGUAAGGCAGUGUUCGUCAGCUGGGCUGGAGGCCUCCUCACCAUAGCAGGCGGUGCUUUUCUGGGCUGUCGGAGGUGCUCCCGGGCAGGGUCGUCGGAGUCCCUAAGUGUGAACCACCUCCUCCCCAGCAGCAGCAGUAGCAGUAACCCCAACUCUAACUACGUCUAGUGGAGAGAACAUAAGAGGGUCAGGAUCUGCCUCAGUCCAGCAGUGAAUUUAAAGCUGGAGCAAGAUAGGCUUCUGGGACGAUGAACUGUCCCACUGUGGGAUCACUGAAUACUACCUACUGUUCAGCAAGUCAGGAUCCAGGAUCAGGAUUACACACAAGACCAGGUUGUGAGGACUCACUCAAAAACCCAUUGUAAUGAAUCAUAAAGAAAUAUAAUUGCAGAUUAAACCAUAAAUUUACUUCAUAAAGUUAAAUGACAUAUUAUUACUUGUUUCGGGUCUAAAUGUGUUUCUUAAACACUAUAUACUUUUUUAUAUGUAAGCUUACGAUCAUGACAUUACGUUUUACUAAAAGCUAACUAGUACACAUGUGACGUUAUGGUGAAGGCAUUACAAUUAUAGUUUAUUUUCCCAAACAAAUAACCCCAUUUACCUCUUUAGUUUCUUUACUGCUGCAACAGGCCUCUAUGGUGUUGAUGGAUCCAUCUUGUAAAUAAAUGACUAAACUUUUACAUAUUUGUAUUGUAUUUUCAUGUACUGUUUUUAUGCAACGCAUUCCCUGAUAGUGUACACAGCCCCUAAUGUGUGUAUUUUGAAUAAAUAAAUGGAAAUUGAUUUAUUUAAUUGAGCGUUUAUUUACAUACAACUCUGCGCCAAACAUUUUUGUUUAAUACCUAAGAAAUAAUUGCUGACAUGGAAAUAUACUCUUAAGUUUUCAUGAAGUAAAAGUAGUGCAACAAUUUGUUACACUUUGUUACUUGUUAAAGUCAUGAAAUCAAAAAAUGUCAAGUUCAACUUGAGAAUAAGAUGCAACAAAGCUGUAUACUCAGUACUUCCGAGUUUGGCUGUGACAUCAAUGCCUUUUAAAAGCCUAUUGGUAAUGUGUAGUAAAGGAAUAAAGUGAAGAAUGAAAUGGAUUACUUUUGUAUUAGUACCUCAUAACUGCAGUAUUACAGUAUUUGUUAAUGUGUUUAGUACCUCACUGGUCAAUGGGAGGUUUUGUGGGACACCAUGGAGAUGUUAGUCUUUGUUUGAGGGGCAUCACCGAAGGAGAACAAAAGAGGAAACAACUUCAACGAAUGAGCAAGUGAUGUAAGAAAACAGGCACUCUGGAAUAAACUUAUUUGACUUUCA